UAUGCCGAUGACAUGCGUGGCAUAUGGCUGCAAUAAUCACUUUGUCAGAGGAUGCGGGAAACAAUUUUUCCGGUUUCCAAUGAAAGAUCCCCAACGGCUGUCCAUGUGGGUCACAGCAAUCCGACGUAAAAACUGGAAGCCUUCUGCAUCCAGCAGAAUCUGCAGUGAUCAUUUUACUGACAAAGAUUACAUGUUGCGUCCGGGGGCAAUGGUGCCGCGGCUACGGCUCGACGCAGCGCCUUCCGUUUUCAGUGGAUUUCCCAAGCAUUUAAAAGAUCGGCUAGAGAGGAAGAAAAGCAAGAAAACCGAAGAACAAGUAGUUGUGAUUUGUAAUCACAUGGAGACCCAAAAUGAAGACAAGCCAUUUUGUGACAAAGAAGAGCUGAAAAAGACAAGCAGCUCCUGUGAGAAUUCAGAAAGUACUACUGACAAAAUUUCCUCACUAUCAGAAACAGCAAUUCCGUGGAUGGACACAGCUGGGAACCCAGAGGAGCAACCAACAGUUGUGACACAUCCAAAGAUAACCAAGAUGAAGAACUGUGUAGUGCAUGGCUGCAGUAAUACCCAUUUCAAAGGAUGCAAGAAGCAGUUUUUCAGGUUUCCACUAAAUGAUCCAGAACGUCUGUCAAUGUGGAUUGUAGCAGUUCAACGUAAAUAUUGGAAACCGUCCACAUCCAGCACGAUCUGCAGUGAUCAUUUUACUGACAAAGACUACAUGUUAUAUCCAGAAGCAACAGACCCUCAGCUACGACAUGAUGCAGUGCCUUCUAUCUUCAUUAAAAAUCCUAAAUGGAAAAACAUACCUAGUGAUGGAACAGAAGUCCACAACAAAGAUCAGGUUAACCUUGACCCUGUGGAGAAAAGCCUGCCUCCAACCUGUGUAGUGUAUGGCUGCAAUAACACCUUUGUGAAAGGAUGCAGGAAGCAAUUUUUCAGGUUUCCAAUGAAAAACCCCCAACUGCUGUGCAAAUGGAUUCAAGCAGUUCGGACCACACAGUGGAAGCCAUCUGCAUCCAGCAGAAUCUGCAGCGACCAUUUUAAGAAUAAAGAUUAUAUUCUGCAGCCAGGGAUGAAGGUUCCUCGACUUCAUGCAAAUGCAGUGCCUUUUGUCUAUAAAGAAAAAAGAUGCAGAAGAAACAAUGAUAACACGGCGUUUGCAAGUUUGGAGCAACUAACAGAAACGCACAGACCUGCCGAUCAUACAUAUUCAGCUUUACUUAAUGCAGUAGACAUUCCUUGUUACAAACCUGAUACAAUUAAACUUAAGAAGAAAGUGAGGACUUUACAACGCCAAAUACAAAGGCAAAGACAUACGAUAAAAAAGCUGUCUGAAAGAUUGGCACAGUUAAGGAAGAAUAAAGACCUGUGUUCAAUUUCCUUAUUAGUACCGUGUUAA